GAGCUUUUCAUUGGUUUUCCUUGCUUCUGCCUUAUUUCUUAUUUCUUUAUCUUUGAACCGACCUGUCCGUUCUAUCUGCACUGUCAACACUUCAAUUACGCCUGAGAGUCAAACAGACCUUAAACGCAUGCAAAGUACCUACAUCUAUUAUGCCAGCCAACCCUACCGCAAACGAUCCGCUUAAACCUGCCCCUCCGCCGAAUAAUGCCCAACAGGGCUGCCAAGCCACACCUCUUCUUGGCACAUCGGAUAGCCGGCAGCCCGCGAACCUCACACAAACCGAUCAUGCCACACCCCCUGCUAACUCUCAGUCUCUCGUCAGUAGUCUCUAGUUCAUCUCAGAGCAAGAGACAGAAAAGAGACAAGACUCACAUGCAGUACUUCACAGUCAGGAGACAUCUUCAGAGCACCGUAAAGCCACAAAGAGCAG